UCUGCAGAGAGGCGCUAGUCUCUCAGGACAUGACGUAUUUGGAAUAGUCGUGCAGUAAUCACAGUCGGAGUGUGUUUCUGACGAACCGCUUCAUCGUAAUUUUCACAUUAUUGAGAUAAGUGAGGGACGAAACAUCGUUCUACGCGAUUUCGUGUUAGUGUCGAAGAAGAAGGAAAUAAAAAAGACGAAAAGAAAACGAACUAUUCACGACAGUGAGUUUUAUGUGUGACAGUUGAUUGAUAUUACUCGGGGAAAGGGGUGUGGGCCAACUGAACGCCAGAAAAUAUUAGUGUUACAAUUAGUGGCUUGAUUUCACGUGCAUUGAGGACUCAAAUGAAUUAGGGGUCAGUUCGGGCCCCGGGAUACGCGCUAUGGACAGUGUGGACAGUGCUAAUAGACGGCAACCCACCCGUGUCUUUAAAAAAUCCAGUCUCAAUGGCAAGAUCACUGUUUACCUUGGAAAGAGAGACUUCGUCGAUCAUAUAACCCACGUUGAUCCUAUCGAUGGUAUAGUACUCAUUGAUCCGGAUUACGUGAAAGACCGGAAGGUUUUCGGCCAUGUUUUGGCAGCGUUUAAAUAUGGAAGAGACGAUCUCGACGUGCUCGGACUUUAUUUCCGAAAGGAUCUUUAUCUCGCUGCGGAACAAAUAUAUCCUCAGGUGACCAGUUCUCAGCCGCGCAGGGAGCUGACGCGUCUUCAAGAGAGGCUAAUAAAGAAAUUAGGAAGUAAUGCUUAUCCGUUCUACUUCGAGCUGCCGCCACAUUGUCCGGCCUCGGUGACGUUACAACCAGCACCUGGUGACAACGGUAAACCGUGCGGCGUCGAUUACGAGUUAAAGGCGUUCGUGGGCGAAACUCAGGACGACAAACCCCAUAAAAGAAAUUCAGUAAGGCUUGCGAUACGGAAGAUCAUGUACGCGCCAUCUAAGCAAGGCGAGCAACCGUACGUUGAGGUCAGCAAAGAGUUUCUGAUGUCGCCUAGCAGGCUACACUUGGAGGCGUCUCUUGAUAAGGAGCUUUAUCAUCAUGGCGAGAACAUAGCCAUUAACGUGCACAUCGCGAACAAUAGUAAUCGAACAGUUAAAAAGAUAAAGGUGUCCGUGCGACAGUUCGCAGACAUUUGUUUGUUUUCAACCGCGCAAUACAAGUGCAUCGUCGCUGAGGCCGAAAGCGAUAUAGGGGUAGCGCCAGGAUUCACCUUGAGCAAGGUCUUUUCUCUAAGGCCGACGCUUGCCGACAACAAAGACAAGCGAGGUCUUGCUCUAGACGGUCAACUUAAGCAUGAGGACACCAACCUCGCAUCUAGCACAAUGGAGGGAUGCCCAGUGGGGCCGGGUUUCACGCUGAGCAAAGUCUUCUCUCUGACACCGCUUCUCGCCAACAACAAAGAUAAAUGGGGGCUCGCCCUCGACGGCCAACUCAAAGACGAGGACACCAAUCUGGCGUCCAGCACCCUCGUCGUAGAUCCGUCUCAACGCGAAAACCUAGGAAUUAUCGUCCAGUACAAGGUCAAAGUGAAACUCUGUCUCGGUGCGCUCGGAGGCGAACUAGUCGCCGAAUUGCCAUUUAUUUUGAUGCAUCCUAAACCAGAAGAAGAAAAAUCAACUUUGUCAACGUCACCUCCAAGUCCAACGAAUAAAGGGGAUGGUGACGAGGUACCGCUCGAUACCAACCUCAUCCAACUGGACACGGAAGCCGAUGGCGACGAUGACAUUGUAUUCGAGGACUUCGCACGUCUAAGGUUAAAAGGCGAGACUGAUGCCUGACCGUGUUGCUUAAACAUCGUAAAGUUGCAAGGUGGAACAACUACUAAACGUCCAAAGUUUCAAGACGCCACGUCCUCUGCCAAUACGCGCCCUUUUUCCUUUUUAAUUUAAAAAGUCGGAGGGUAAAAUGAAUUAUAAAAAAUCGUUGCGUCGUGUGUAUGUAUGUAUUGUAUGUAUGUAUGUAUGUAUGUAUCUGCAUGUCGUGUGCCAGUAUCGUCGAUGAGAAAUAUUGUAAAAAAUAAAAAACAAAAAAAAAAAAGAAGAAGAAGAAGAAGAGGAAAAAAAACAGAAAAAAAAUCAAUAUUAGAUAAAAUUAUGCGCUCAUAUUCGUCGGGUGACAGAAAUCAUUUUCGAGCUGGAUCAUCCGUUGAUACGUUUGAUAAUAUUGUAAAGGGAAAUUUGAAAAAUUCUCGUAUCAAUCGUGCACGUAUCAAUUCGCUUGUAUAACGAAAUAAUUUGUUAGAUUUUUAUUAUAUCCGAAAAAAAAAGAAGAAGAAAAAAUCCUCCAUCUUCGCGGUAAUGUCGAAAAAUAAAAAAAAAAUUGAACAACUAUACGAACUAUAAUUCGAAUUCGAUCUACGAAUUAAUUUUUUAUAUUUCACUAACACUAUUAUCGCGUGUAACUAAGUACUAAGGGAAGAGUACAAAUUGUAAAUGCUUUUUCGAUAUAUUGUUUUUUGUUCUCUUUCUUUUUUUUUUUCUCCAAAGUCUAACCCCUUGAUUAACUCUUUCAAGAACCAAAAAACUUGACGAACAUAAACGUCUCUUAAAUUUAUCGAAAAAUAUAUUUUUAAUGUCGAAAGAUUAAUUUUGAAUUCUUAAUUAUGGAAUAUUAAAAAGAAUUACAUUUUUUUAUAGGAUUAUGAUUUUAAUAUAAAUUACACAGCAAAACAAGUGUUCCUAUUUUCUGAUUCUUCCCUUCGACGUUAUUUUGCAACUCGUGUUAAAAUCGCAUGAAUAAUCGAAAGGUGCCUGGCAGUCCCGUCUCUCGAUGAAUAAUAUAAUAAUAACAUAUAUAUAUAUGUUAAUAUUAUAUAUGAAUUGGUGAUUUGAAAGUAUGGUCUAAUAGUAAGUCAUAAAAAAAAAAUUAGUUUAUUACGUAAUUCGUAUAAUUAUAUCAUUGCUAUACGAAUUAUGCGACGGACUAAUUUUUUGUUGGUUUUCUUGUUUUUUUUCAUUUUCUGCUUAGUCCACUUUUCAUGAUUAUCGACUGAUAUAUACAUGUAUAUACAUACUGACACGAAAGUCAUGAAGCACAUGUAACUGCGACCGUAAAUUUAGUAUAUACUUUUUGAAUAUUGUAACGACGAAGGAAUUCGUUUUCUAUGAAUGCAAACGAUAGUCAGAGUAUAAAAAAAAGAAGGAAAGAAACUUUAAGUAGUAUAAUAAUUUAUCGUGGCUUCGGAACAAAUGUAGAUUAUUUCUUAUCUCCUCUCCUCCCUCUAUCCUGCUCUAUACCUUUUUCAAAAAUUAUACCUGACGAUUAAUAAAAUAUCUAAGACUGAAUUUUAACAUGCUGUUCAGAGAGGCGAUAAGCAAUGACUUUUUUGAUUGAGAACAUUCGAGCACAGAAAAUAAAGAGAGAAGGAGAGGGUUGGAGGGAGGGGGAGAGGAAGAGACGUGUGUAUGAAUAUACAUGUGUGUAUGUGUGUGAGUAUGUGUCCUCAGAAAACGAUAUAUAUAUAUAUAUAUAUAUAUAUAUAUAUAUAUAUAUAUAGAACAAUAUUUGCAAAUGUGAAUGAAGUCUUUAGGGACUAUAAAUGAGCGCAUAUAUUCUAGCGAAUUUUAAACAUAAUAUAUUUGAUAUACGGCUGCAUAUCUUUUAUUUUUACACAUUUCGUCGUCGAGGCGUCUGAUAAAAUUUUAUUUAAUAAUCCACAUUUCUUUUUUCUUCUUUUUUCUCUUUUUUCUUUUUUUUGCACGGUACAAGAUCUAUCCUUAGUUUCGAAUGUAUUAUUUUAUUUUAUUUUAUUUCAUUUCAUUUCCUUUUAUUUUAUUUUAUCGUUAAUACCUUUAUAUGCGGAAUAUUAUUCAUGUAUUAACCUAGUUACGUGCCACGGGUCUAUUUUUGGCUAUUUCGUGAAAUAAAUACACACGAAACUAAUAUAUACACAUGUCGCACAUAACUGACUACAAACUAGUUUUAUGCGUCUGAAAUUGGCUUGACUACUGAGAAAAUUUCACAGGGAUCCAAGUAAGAAACGAAAUAACUUUUCGUUGUCCGCAUAUAAAGUGUUUAAGAAACUUUUUUUGUAAUCGAUUAACAAAAUCAAAUUAAUAUAUAUUUACGUAAUUAAUUCGUGUUUCAAUUUUACCAGACGUAAGUAUACAUAUGUAUGUAAAUAAUAAACGAAGCCGCACAUUUUUGAUUUAACUGAGAUUAAUAAGAAAAAAAUAACUUUAAGCGAAUUAGACACGAAAACGCAUAAUAAUUGAUUAAUACGAUAAUUCUAGAUUAAUUACUUAUUAUUAGUACAACAUGUUUAACGUAUAUAGGGAGAAUUAGAGUUUUAAUAUCUUCAUCGAGACAGUCAAAAUUAUAAGGAAAAAGAAAAAAAAAAAACAUAUUAAUAAUAAUAAGAAGAAAUAGUCUUAACAUACGCACGAACGUCUUUUUUAAAAAAGAUUCGUCGUAAUUAGCAGAUGGUUUUUCAAUUUUUUUCCUUUUGUUCUCUUUUACAAUUUGCUUACAAAGCAUUAAUUACGAGUUGCGCCGUUUUUAACGUUUACACAAUUACAGAUGUAGUAAUGUAGGAAACACUUGAGCGUAAAAUUUUUAUCGAAACUUUUAUUUGUUAUUAAUGUAAUUCCUGAUACAUAAAAAAAGAAAAUAAGCGUUACGAUAUAAAAUAUAAUCGACAUGUAUAAAUUCAAUAACUUUUAGCUUUUACAUAUUUAUACUGAUAUAUAUAUAUAUAUAUAUAUAUAUAUAUAUAUAUAUAUAUAUAUAUAUAUACAUAUAUAUUGAUUAAGAAGAAUUUAGGUUUUUUACAAAGCCCUCGUUCGUUCUCUGUACACUUUUAUAUACAUUUGUUCAUAUAACGUAUAACUUAUCACGUAACGUAAAAAUUCUAACGAUACAGUAUUUUUCUUCUCUUCGCGCGCGUUUAUCACAUUUGUUAAAUUUGAUAAUUGUACGUAAGAAAAUAUCCAAGUAUUGUCUUUGAUAACUAUACUCAUUAAUACGAGUUAUACAUACUGAAUUAUACGAAAAAAAGAAAAAAAAAUACAUUCGAAGUGUGUGUCACUCGAAAAAUUAUAUUAUAUAUUACACUCCUUUUUUUAUACGAUAUAAUGCGAAGUAUAACUAUUAUUAAGUUUUAUAAAAAUUUUUGCAUAAUAUGUUACGUCGAGAAAUAAAAGAAGAAAAGUCUCUUGCUAUAAUAAUUUAUCGACGUAUAUAAUAAUAAAAAAAAAAGAAACAAAAAAUUAACAACUCAACGAUACCGAUAAAAAAAAGUUGUUCAUUUUACUUUUCGAAUCUACUUACAUAUGUGUUAUCAUUAAGUAUUGUUCAAUGUAAUUAUAUACCUAUAUAUGUAUAUGUAUACUUCCUUAUGUAAAUCUACAGUAUCUACGUAUAGUAUUUUAUACGCUUUCUGACGAAUACGCGAAUUUUUAUCUUUUUUUUUUUUUUUUAUUUUAUAUUUUCAAAUACUCGUGACACACAAUUGUGUGAGAAAUUUUUAUGAAUUCGAAAAUUCUGAUACUGUUAAAUAGUUGUAAAAUAAUACAAACACACUCGCACACACGUAUACAUAUAGAAUAAUAUUAAAGAUUUGGUUUCUGAAACCAUUUCGUUCUCCAAUUGAGAAAAAAGUCGGAAAUUUUCAUGGCGACUUUUAAAAUUCUGUGUGUAUCAUUGUUUUAUUAUUAUUGUUUACUAUGCUUAUCAUUAUCAUUAUUAUUAUUAUUAUUAUUAUUAUUAUUAUUAUUAUUAUUAUUAAUAUUAUUAAUAUUAUUAAUAUUAUUAUUACUAUUAUUAUAAAAAUAAUGGCAACAAAAACUACAUUUUGCGUUAAUAAAUUAAAAAAAAAAGAAAGAAAUAAAUCGUAAACAUUACAAAAGUCUUCUUUUUAUAAACACACACGUAGCUAUUAAGAAAAUUUUUAUUAUUAUUAUUAUUAUUUUAACAGCAUUUUAAAAAUCCCAUCAGAAUUAUUUAUACCACGAAUUCAGAUCGACAUUUCUAUCGAAGUUUAGAUAAAAAAAAAAAGAAGAAAGAAAGAAAUUAGAAUUUUCGGAUUCGCGCUAAGAUUCUUCCUCGUUCGAGGAAAAUUAUUAAUUAACGAAGAACGAGAAAAAAAAAACAAAAAAUAUAGUAAUAGAAAAAGAAAGAAAGAAUAUGCAUAAUAAUAGUAAUAUAUAUAUAUAUAUAUCGAUAUACCAAAGUCAAUGAAUUCACUUGUUCUUUUCUUCUUUUAUUUAAUUUUUUUUUUUUUUAUUCUGAUGAACGAGUAAAAGAGAGUUUCGAAGAGGUUGCGAGGGACGUGUGUGUAUGUUGUUGUUGUUGUUGUUGUUGAUGUUGUUGUGUUGUGUAUUGUGCGGCAACGAAAGUAGAGAUUUAGAUACAUACAUAUGUAGUAGAAAUGAAGCCACGACUAUUUAUUGUAUAAAUGUCGAAUUAAUAUUUAAACCAACCAAUUAAUUAAAUAAUUAAUUAAUUGAUUGAUCGAUUAAUUAAUUAAUUAAUUAAUCAAUCUAUAAGAACGAGACAUUUAAGGCUAACAUAAAAAAGAAGAACGAAUGCUUGCUUGUACAGUAUACAUGAGAAUAUAUUUUAUAUCAGCGCGCAGUGCGCGCAAUAUUUUUUGUAUGAUAUAUCCUCUUGGCCACAACCCCACCCCCACCCCCCCAUUCCACCCCGCCCAAAUCCUUCUCUACCCGAAGUAAAAGCAUUUUUUAUUACGUCUUAUAGGAUGACGGUGAAAAAUCUGUGAUGACGAGAAUAAAAGAGAAAAAAAAAAUUAUCAAACAAACAGACGUAAACAAACAAAUUGCGAUGUGAAUAAAAAGUCAUUGUUUCGACAAUGAUUCGAAUUGUCAUUUGAUUCGAACAAUGGAAAGGAAGAAACAAAAGAAACGAAAGAGAAACGAACGAUUCACCGAGAGGAACAUUAACGCAAUGCUCAAAACUAAAAAGAAAAAGAAAAGUCAAUAUUAUAAGAAAAAAAAAAAUAAGUAUGUAUUGCGAUUUUUUAAAAUACCGCGAGAA